AUGUCGCAAUCUGUUUGUCCAACUAAAUUCAACUGCGAGUCAGCUGACGCUUGGGAGCCGAACAGCGAUAUAGCUGGGUUGGGGGUUCUUAUUGGGUUCGUAGGGACAGGAUAUCUUGUCUUCGCCCUCCUCGUAGUUCACUACUUGGUAGCAUACGAGCCAGAGCUUCCUCCACCGCAGCAGACACCGGAUAACGAAAGAAUAAGCCAAGCAGCGAGUCGGGAGCACCUGACGGGGAAUCUGUCAGAGAUUUCCGUUGCAGGUGUCGAUACUGCCACAGAUCCAAUGUACUGGGAGCCAAAUCCUAUCGACGUGAACCUUCUGGCUUGGGUCAGAUCAUGGACAGCGAAGCUCUUGGGUUUUCUAGGAGCGUCACUUCCGCUCGUCGGCCAGGCCACUUCCAAUCAUAUUAGCCGAUGCUUCAGCAUGUGUAUUAUCGCCAUGUGCGAUGUUCAAAUAGUUACGGGCAUGAGCAUCCUUAUAGGCGGCUUCGUUUGUUUAGAUGAACGUCUAUCGGCUUUACACUGGCAAAUAAUCACCUACCUCGCUUGGUUCUCCUGUGUCACGCAUCUAUCGGGUCUAACGAUCUUGAGGAGAUACUUCCAAACACACCCAAGGGAGAAGUCCCUCAGAGUUACUCUCAUGUUUGUCUUGCUAGUGAUUCUCAUUGUCGCUAUUGUUCCAUCCGGGUUCUUCAAUUGGAGAUCACCAAGGGCAGACUCUUCUGCAAUUCAGGCAACUGCAGCUUCAGCCAAAACGUCCGCGGCAUGUUUCUAUAAUCUAUCCUGCGCGAAAAGACUCUACCAAGAUUCUCUGUGGAUGAACUGUACGACAUCUUGUAGUCAGUCAUUCGAUGCACCAGAAACUCUAGAGAGCUGUGAGCUUCGCACUAAACCUGAAACUACCGGAUAUUUCGACUGUCGUUGGUUGACGCAGUCUUCUGCAAUGCAAGAAAUGAUAGUGUCGACGGUUCUACUUGUCUUCGGGUUUAUAUCAAGGACGAUCAAGCUAUCGGCUCACGUUUCGAGCACAAUUAGCCGGAGAUUGACCUUGCCAGUGGGCACUUUUACCCUUUACUGUUUCGCCAAAUUACAAGACCUGGUAGCAGCACCUGAUGCACGCGCCACGACAAGGUGGCACGCACGUACACUUCUCUUUGAAGCAUGGCGAGGCUUCGUUGUGAGACCUUUGCUUGCAGUUGUCAUUUUCGUGUCGGCACACAUCGACCUUUUCAAUUCCAUGCUAGGCGAACUGAGCUGGCUGUUGGCCAUUCUUCUCUGGGGAACAUCGAAAGUCUUGUCACCACAUUACGAUGAGGAAUAUUACGCGAAUGAUCACACGGACAAGAGACAGCAAACGAAAGAAGAACACUCAACAAGGUGGGAGUUCGGCCAGGUUUUGCCAGUCUUACUCCUGGCCGCCCCCCUAGUCGCUGUGCUCGGGACGUUUGCUUCAGCUGAGAAGCCUGGCGAAACGAACCAGUCAGGAGACCGUGUCGAAGUACCAAGAACGAACUUUGGGAACAUUGCCAAUGGCUACGGCCGCCCUCGACAGUCCGACGGCGACACCUUGGAAAUGACAACUCUGUCGACAACCGGGAGUAGAUCGAUUGUUGGAAGACAACAUGAAGAUGACGUUAUUCACGAUGACACCAGCUAUGUGGAACCUUCAAUUUCCCCAUAG